UUAAGAACUCACUAUUUAAAUUCUAUUUUCCAAUGAACCGAAUUAGUAGGAUAUUGAAUUUAGUAUUAAUUGCUUUGACCCAUAAAAUAUAAAACCAAUAAAGUAUUCUGUCAAUUUAAUCUUAGCUUAAUCGCAAGACAAUGAAUAUUUUCAUAAAUUAGCUGCACAUAUAUUACGAAAAUGCUUUAAGAUAUGGAUAACAACAAGUUAAUUGAAGAUAAGGAUAUAGUGAAUUUAUUUAUAGAAAAUCAAAUAUUAAGUAAUAAAACAGCAUUUAUUUGUGAA